AUGGUCACCCGGGAUCGAGCUGAGAAUAGGGACGGCCCCAAGAGGGAGACCACACAAGAUAGAGAUGUAGAGAGAGGAGAGUCCCAGACGGGAGACAAGAGGAAGCGGAACACAGAAGGGGCAGGGGCAGGGAGCCGGGAGAAGUGGGGGCGAGCCUCUGAACCCGACGCUAGGGCGCUGGGAAGGAGGCAGGAUGCACGGAGCAGCCCUAGGCGACCAGGGACUCGGGGGGAAAGGGACGCGUGGGCUUUCCCAGCGGCAGGGUCGGACGCUCGCGUGGCGGCGCUGAGUCCCGGUCCGGUCGGCCCGCUCUCCCUUCCCCGCUGGUCACAGAUGCUGAAGCCGCUGGUGGAGAAGCGGCGCCGGGACCGCAUCAACCGCAGCCUGGAAGAGCUGAGGCUGCUACUGCUGGAGAGGACCAGGGACCAGAACCUCCGGAACCCGAAGCUGGAGAAAGCGGAGAUCCUGGAGUUCGCCGUGGGCUACUUGAGGGAGCGCAGCCGGGUGGAGCCCCGGGGGGCUCCCCGGUCCCCAGGCCAGGACGCCGAGGCGCUCGCCAGCUGCUACCUGUCGGGUUUCCGCGAGUGCCUGCUUCGCUUGGCGGCCUUUGCGCACGACGCCAGCCCGGCCGCCCGCUCCCAGCUCUUCUCCGCGCUGCACGGCUACCGGCGCCCCAAACCGCCCCGGCCCGAGGCCGUCGAGCCCGGGCUCCCAGCGCCGCGCCCACCGCUGGACCCCGCUUCGCCCAUCCUCGGCCCCGCGCGGCACCAGCCCCCCCCCGCGCACCAGGGCCCCCCUAGCCCCCGCUGCGCUUGGUCCCCGUCCCGCUGCUCCCCUCGCGCCGGGGAUUCCGGCGCGCCGGCGCCCCUCACCGGACUGCUGCCGCCGCCGCCGCCGCCUUACAGACAAGACGGGGCGCCCAAGGCCCCGCCGCUCCCACCGCCCGCCUUUUGGAGACCUUGGCCCUGAGCUUUGGGGGGCUGGGGCGGGGGUUGGGAGUGGGGUUAGAGACUCCAGCCGAGAGGGCAGGAGAGGGAUCCGGGCGGGCGGACGUCCGGGCGAGGAGGGCAGCGGGGCGCGCGGGCUCAGCGCGCGGGUGAGAUGUGGUUUAUAUUAGAGUAUCUAUAUAAAUAUAUAUUUUCCUGUCCCGUCCCCCCGCCCCACUUCCCUGCGUGUAGGAUUGUACCCUCUCCGCCCCAGCCCAGUCCCGGUCCCUUCCCGAGUCCCUAGUGCAUGGAAUAAAAUGGUUAUUCAAUCCCGGUGUGUCCCCGAGCCAGGGGCCUGCCUCUAUAUCGGCGCCUCGCCC